AUGACCCCGAUCGUCCUUCUGUUUCGCUUUCCUUCUCAUUUUCUCUCACUCUCGAAAAAUCGCAAAUAUUUGAACAAGUCCAAACUUUGUUCAGCCGCGGGAAACGGAGACGAGCGAGAGUCGUUCUACUGCUCAAAAUCGGGUUCUGUCCCUUCUGAAUUCCUUUCCCAAUACUAUUUUACCAAAAUCGAUUUGACAGAUUGUUGCCAAAAAAAUGACGUCGAGAAAAAAAACGGGAGAGCGAGAGAGGCAUGUAAAACAGUUGGCAACAUUUUUCGGCGAUCCUUGACCUAUCAUCCAUCACUCAACCAAGACUUCAAUUGGGCUGUACCCGUGAAUCCCAUGCUCCCCGCCAAGAAGUUCUUUUCACAAUUCACUAAAAAAAGGACGGAACGCGGUGGAGAGCAGCAAGGGCGCAUUAGUGCGCCACUACCCCAAUCAACUAUGCCCAGCAAGCAUACUGAAGGAAUGUCAUCCCACCAGUGGUGGGAUGACAUCCCCAUGCCCGAGGAUACCCCCAUGAUGACUAGGUCCAUCCCAGGAAGCUCUACAGAACCAUCUCCACAGUACGACGAGAAUCAUUCAGUUGCUUCCGUCAUCAGCCAACCAGGCCCAUCAAAUCCACCAAUGGCACCAAUGACUCCGGGACCAGUCGUCAUCACUUUCGAGCGUCUGAAUCUCAAUCAUUCUCAACCUGAACCUCAACCGGUAUUGGAGGAACCAGAGUGCUAUUGCAUCGAAGUCAAUAAACCAAUGCCUGGUGUCCCACAGAAGCUGGAGCUACGAUCAGAUGAAGUCGAAAUGGAGGAAGAAGAGCCAGAAGGAGGUGUGACAUGGUGCCACGUCCAAACAUUCCAGCUUGGUGUCAAAAAGAAGGCCCAGGCCAAGGAAGUUUUCCAAACUUCUCAACCUACAUUUACUAUAGAAGGAGGGAUUACAACAGUUGGAAGUACCUCAAGUCGGAUGCAGCUCACUUGUGGCAAUAGUUCCAAAAUUCAAGGAAUUCAUCAGACGUUCGGAGAAGGAAUUCGGAUGACCAAAGAAAAAGGAACUGUCUGGCUCACCGUCCUCACAGCAAAAUGCGUCGUCUUCAUUCAAAGUCCGUUCUUCAACCACAUAAAUGGCAAGCCACUGGAUACAGUCAUUCGAGUGCAAAACGAACAUGAUGAACUUGGAAAUCUUCUUCAUGAGGAUAAGUUGCCAACCAUCAAGCUCUUCGAUUCGGAGCUCUACGCAAGUGAAUUGAAUGCAGCUCGUAGUGAUCCCAUCAAUCGAAUGGAGACAAUGGAGGCGUUUUGCAAAACGAGAGUGUCACUCGCAAAAGGAUUCAAUGGCGACUAUGCCAAGAAAAUCUACGAUACUCAAAGCUGUUCCACCGCCACUUCACAAGUGCCCAAGAAAUCGGGUCGCGCUCCUAACACUCCAGAACCAGAGGACCACCCACCAUCAACUGUCUUUUAA